GUUUGUGCAGCUAGCUCUGCUCGGUUAGCCGGCGGUUAGCUCCGUUUGAACUGUGAGGCUAAACUAGCUAACAUCAGCAGCUCCAGGAGUUAGUUUCUUCACCACUGAGUCACUUUAUGUUUCUGUGGUUUUAUUAUGACCUGCAGCUGUAGGUUCACCUGUAGAAACACCUGAGCUCAGGUAGAGUGUGGGUUUCCAUGGAUCCCGCCUGGAGACAGCMGGGCAGGGGGCGUGGCCGGGGUCAGGACGCUCAGGGUCAAAGGUCACGGCCUCAGCAGAAGGAGAGGCCGGGGCCUGCUGCAGGACCAGGUCUGAGGCUGAAGACCAACCCGACUCCUCCUCUGCAGGGAGAGUCCAGGUUCCAGGAGAUCCAGAAGUCCAACCAGGCUGCUGCCAGGAGACUGGUGGAGAGCCAGCUCAGCUCCUCUUCCUCUGACGAGGACCAUGAAGAUGGAGACCAGCAGACAGGCAGGAUCCUGGAGUCCACCUUCACCUCCUACACGGUCCAGACAGGUGGAGACUCGUCAGGUCUGCUCAGAACAGGUCAGUACCUGAGUGACCUGUUCCAGUCUGGAGCCCUGACCUGUCUGAUCUGCAUCGGCUCUGUGAAGAGGACCCAGCAG